CUUGCCCUUUACGGCAGCUGUUUCCACAUGGCCAUUUACUAGGCCAUCGUGUGUUUUGGGGUUUCUUUGCCGAAACUUCUGACUAAUUAAGCACGAAUUUCCCACAUUUGCACUUUAAGACACUUUUAAAAUGGGCAAAAGUAAGACGACAAAGUUUAAACGUCCUCAGUUCAACGCUGUCGGACUACCUGUGAACGCCGUGAAGGAAGCGGCCGCCGAGGAGGAGGAACGCGGGGACGACGACGACGACGACUGCUCGGUGGCGGAACUGCUUGAGAAAUUGGAGAGUCCCAGUGCGGAUGUAAGGGAGUGUGCGUGUGCCAGUAUCUCUCGGGUGGUCCAGCAGAGUCAGAGUAUCCCGGGCUUCCUGCAAAGGGAUGCAGUGAGGCGGCUGGGCCCCAUGCUGCUGGACAGCAGCCUGGCCGUCAGGGAGACCGCAGCCGGAGCCCUCAGGAAUCUCAGUGCGUGUGGUGGUCAGGAGGUGUGCGAGGACAUGGUGAAGCGCGAUGUCAUGACUCCUCUGACGGCCCUGCUUAGAGAGUGCUGCAUGGGUUUCAACAGUGCUGUGGUGCCGAACAAAGAGCCAAAGAACCAUGUGGAGGACGUCGCCAACGAGGCCGUGAACCUUCUGUGGAAUCUCUGCGAGAGCAGUAACCAGGCACUGUCCCUGUUCAACAAAUCAGGUCUUCUGGAUGUGGUUGUCCAAUGUCUGGAGCGACACCCCCACAACGUGGAGCUUGCCACUUCUGCUGCGCAUUGCUUACACACUGUGUCUGAGGACAACCAUGAACUGCUCUGUAGCAUUAAUGGCGCCGUGCAUGUAGCCUUAGAGGGCGUGCUGCUGUCAAACCAGCCUGGCAUGGUGCACACUCUCCUCAGGACGCUGGCUGCAGGGGCGCUGUGGAACAUGAAAGGAAGUCUUCCCGCCGCCCGCCAGGCUCGGACCCUCACAGCUGUGCUGGCCACCUUGUCCCAGUGUCUGGAUGUGGACGAAGGCGAGCUCAUACCUCAGCUUCGCACAGCGGAGGAGGCGCGCUUCCAUGAUGCUCCCUCCACGUCGGGUAUGGACUUACAUGCUACCACGGAGCCCACUGUGGAGGAAAUGGGUGAGGAGGGAGCAGUGCAGCGUGUGAAGAAUGAAAAUUCUGGAGACGACUUUUCCGAUCUCUUGCCUAGGGAGAUGGAGGAGCUGAGGGAGGCGGUGGCCUUGCUGACGGCCCAGCAGACGUCCCUGGAGAUUCUCGUCAACAUGUGCUGCUCUGACGAUCCCUCUGAUGACGAGUGGGAGGAGUCGUCGAGCAGCGACGAAAGCGAACCACCGGCCAACAGCUUGUCCAGCCUCAUGCUGCCACUGUGUUUGUCGGCGGAGGUGCACGCGGCCCUUAUAAACCACAACAUCCCUGAAAAGGUGCUCAAAAAGACACAGUUCCCCAGGCAGGAAGCCAUGGACGUGUGCUGCCAGACUCCCUACUGGAGAAGCCUCGUAAAGAAAAUGGAACGGGUCCAGUCUCGCGCCCUGACAUGCCUCCACAGCAUCCUUUCUGGCAUGGACGCAGAGUCUCUGGGGGGGGCAGCAGCCCUGCAGGAGGCGGCACAGCACCUGUCUGCACUGCUCUUUGGCACACCAGAGAUUCCCACAGAUGAGGAGUUCCUGGAGGCAGUCAUCAGUGCAAUGCGGUCUCUUUUACAGAUGACUGCAUCAAAAAAUAUCGCUCAGUCCAUAAGUCUGCAACAAUUGAUGAGCCUCAGCGAAGCUGCUGCGCGCUGUGAUGUUAUCAGCGUGAGGGUCAACGCCGUUGCCAUCCUGGGCAUUGCCGGCAGCGCCCUCGCCAAAGAAAAGGGCUCAGCUCAAACCCUUCAGGUGAUUGGGAAUGGCUUGCUCCAAGUAGCAAACAACGAUGCCAACCUGGUGGUCAAUGGCGAGGCCCUGGACGCUCUUUUUGACGUGUUUGCGGACGGCGAGGAGGCGGAGACUGCAGCCAAGAGCAUCCAGUUACUGCCCGCUUUAAAGACUCUUCAGCCUGUGUUUAAGGCUAAGAUCCGUAAGGUGGGAAGAGACAAGUACAGCCCGCAGCAGCUGUGCGUGAUCGACAAUGUCAGAGUCAACCUGAGGAGAUUCAUCAGCUACCUGGAGACUGUGGCUAAGAAGUGAUUGUGAAAACCAUCCAGUAUUUAUUAUUAUUAACAUGUUAAUUUUUUAUUUGUCCUGAGUCCUAAUUUCUAUUUGAGGUUUCUUUGCUGUGAAGAAAGCAACUGCAGGUUGCCGUAAAGACAAGAAAACUGGGGUGUGUCAUUUUCAAUUGAUUUCAUGGAACGGGGUUUCUGAAAUCGAGGGUGCAGGAUCCCAAAAUGGCUUCCUUUUAUUAUUUUUUGGGGGUUGGCGAUUGCCAGAGAGUUGAGAUAUUGUGUCAUAGACUUUGACAAUUAAUGCAACAAGUUAUGCAGUCAUGAAGUAACAGUAAAUAUUUUAAUAAAAACACUCUAGGCCAUAACAAUAAGAUGAAAAACAGUAAGUACAACGGUAACUGAGUGUUCAUUACACACUCUUUAACCUGUCAUGUUCAGCUGCAUGGCCAUGCAGAAUGGUGGAUCUGUAUGCCUUUUGUGCUGGAACAGUUUUGCUGUGCAACAGGGGAGUUUGAAAUACUCUGCUUAUUUUUUUAACUUUUUAAUUAUUUAAUUAUUAUGUUUAUUGAAAAUGCAGCUGGACAGAAUGGGGUUUUAGGAGACAGAGUGGACAAGGGGAAUAGUGGUGCGAACCACAGCAGAACAAUAGACAGUCUAAAGAUUUGACCACAAGUAACAUUACAAAAGUCAAAUUGUGUUCUUAUUUGUGGUGGGGUGGGGGGACACACACCCAGUGAGGACAUGCAACAACUAACCAAUAGGACAAGAUGGGAGGACAGAAAAGGACAGGACAGGAUGUGGGUAAUGAGCAAGGGAGUGCUACUGAUGAGUAGUGUGGUGGGAUGCUUUUCUUGUCUAAACACCUGUAAGAACCUGUGAGUUCAUCUCUUAAUAUAACCUGUGUUAUUGUUCGUUGUCCCAGCAUAAGCAAUUCAGACCUAUAGCGUGCCUAUGAAACUUAUUAGUGAACGAACACCAUAUCACAUGCAUGUUAGUCAACUGGUGUAUGGAGUUGCUGAGCCGACACAUUGAGGAAGGGGAGGGCCAAGUCAGCAAGCCCAUCCUGCGGUGCUCCAAGCCAGGGGAGGCGCCCCCCAGGACCCAAUGGGGUCCCCCAGACCAACGAAAGCACCCCAACCCACACUUUAUAAGCUUGAAAAUACAUACAGUAUGUCUGGACAGACAUUGCUACCCAAAGAUGUACGCAAGUCGGAACACCCCGUUAUCACUAAUCUACACUAACUUAUUAGUAAAGUCGUAAUUGCAGUAAAUGUUUUUUAAAAAAUAACAAAACAUUUCUAGGCAAUUAACAUGAAACAAAAACUAUGUUUGGUGGUAACCGAGCAUGCCAUAUGACCACGUAUCUCCAAACUAAUUAAUCGUGACCCAUUUGGAAACUUGAAAUCUUGUACGUUGGGUGGGCUGUUGUAAAGUGAGGACCUCCUAUAUCUUUAAUGUAAUACCUAGUGGUUAAUGCCAAAGACAUUUAAUUAAAGGAGACAUAAUGUGCAUUUUUCACUAUUUCAAAUGGUUCCCAUGAGUUUUGGCUGCUCCGAAAUUAGCCUGUUUUGAUAGGACUACCCUGUCCCAUUUGAGUGAGCCACUGCUCAUCCCUCCAGUAUACUGCUGGGCCAAUAGCAGUUAUGGAUUUUGUUCACAUGAAAAAAAUCCAUAGUUUAGUGUAGUUCUGAGUCUUAUCCCUGGAUCAGACAACAAGACAAAUUUGGUCUUUCACGAUUAAACUAUGUCAGACUACUGCCAUGAAAUCUUGCCAUAUCUUGGUCAGACAGUUGCAACAGUACACGUCAUGUAUUCCGAUACCACCGUAUCCCGUCUUUUACGAUCAUUGGGGUUUAUCUUGUCAAAUCAAAUACUCUAACAUAGUGCAAUUGUGAAAGACCAAAUUUGUGUUGUAGUCUGAUGCAGGCAUUACCUGGCUGGUCAAAAUGAAGUUCCAGUGUGUUAUAUCCUGAUUGUUCCAUGUUCUCUAUUAUAAACUCAUUUCUUUUCUCCUCUUUUUUCAUUUUCAAUGUGUAUGUUUGUAAUUUGUAAGUUUCUGUUUCCCUGACGACAUUUUACUUUACAAUAAUUGUCAAGAGCUGACGACUAGGUUUUCAAGGCACAGCUAUUUAAAAUUUACUUUUUUUGCAUGACAUUGCGUCUUUUUUCAUAAAAGUAAAGGCUAUGUGUUUUUGGGAUAUGAAUGGUUUUGUUUAGAAAAUGUGCUGUUUUAAGGAAGUGGGGUUGGACAACUUUGCUGACUGAAGUUUGUGUAAAAUGUUCACUAAAAACAAACGUUUUGGUCUCAUACACUGCCUAUGUAUUUUCUGGAGACAGCAGGUUUAAAUGGACAAAUCUGUUUUUUUGUGUGCAAAAAUAAUGUAAAUUUAGUAUGCAGCAAUUUUUCAUUGGGGAUACUGGUGACAUUGUGUAAUGGAGGAUAAUCGCAAAGUAUGCCACUGGGCAUCUUUUAUAUGUUGUGAGUGCCUUUUUAAAAUAAAAUAUUUAUAA